GUGCCGCUUCGAGGUCCACUAUGACACUCGCGUGUUGCGCUUGCUCGUGUUGUGGUGCUUUAUGAUGGUACGGCAUGAAAGUGCAAGAUAUGCGGACGUUCCGUGAGCGACGCCCUGCUACUAUCACCACCGCCACAAGUGGGCGGAGAGACGGGACGCUUUCUCGGCUGCUCAGCUAGGGUGGAGUCGCAGGUGGCACGUGACGGAGGCGGCAGGAGCAGGGAGUGGUAAUGGAGUUGGUAAUACUGAAAGCGCGAGCCCAACUGAAUCGUCUCGUGUUGGAGCGGCGGAGCAAAGAGCGCUCGGGGCGCGCGGGCGGCGGCGGUGGCGCGCGGGCGGCGGGGCGCGAGCGCGGCAUGGCGCCCGCCCGCGCCGCGCCGGCGACCGCCGCGCCCUGGCUCAACGCCACGCUAGCCUUCAACCUCUCCCGCAUCAACUCCACCUUCGACACCGACUACGAGCUGCUCAACGCCAGCUCCAGCGACGAGCACGACAACCACUGGUUCUGCGCCAAGUGGACUAGCGCGCAGCAGGAUCUCUUUCAGGCUGCAAAUCUUUGCUUCGCAAUAGCAUUUCUGGCACCCAAGAGUUUCAAGCAGAGCAUUUUGGUGCUGCGAGCGCUAAUCGCGGCGGGCGCCGUACUCAUGGGCAUGUGGGCGGGCGCCGAGGUCUGCGCGCCCGACGUCCUAGCGUGGAGCCUCGCACUUGUUCUAGUCAACUCUAUACACACUGUUUUCUUAAUUAUAAGGUUUCUUCCACCGGCGUUGUCAUUAGAGCUGACAGAUUUGUACCUGAAACUAUUCAAGCCUCUGAAAGUGAAUAAGAAGCACUUUCAGGAGUUAACACGAGAAGCGAGGGUCAUCCGACUUGAGCCGGGCGAGGCGUAUGCGGUCGAAGAAGUGACGCCAGCGGACGAAAGAUUAUCCAUAAUAUUAAAGGGAAAGAUGCGAGUGAGUUGUGAUGAAACGCUUCUUCAUUAUAUACAGCCUUACCAGUUCGUUGACUCGCCGGAGUGGGAAGCGAACCGCGAACAGUCAGACGACGUCUUCCAGGUGACAGUGAUCGCGGAGGAGGUGUGCACGUGCGUCUGCUGGCCGCGCAUGCGCCUCGAGCGCGUGCUGCGACACCGCCCUGCGCUCAAGGUCGUGCUCGACUGUCUCAUAGGUAAAGAUAUAACGCAUAAGCUGUAUGCAGUUAGUGAAGGACUGGGCGCGGGCGUCAGCGGCGAGAACGAAGGUCCGCCGGCGCACCUCACGCGCUCUGCGAGCGUCGACGCAGUGCACGAAGGCGCGCGCGGCCGUCUGCGCAGCGCAGCGUGGCGUGCUAAGUCUUCUACUUCUGGCCGAGGUAGUUCGUACUGGCAACCAAUGGUGGCACGGCAGUUCCUCAGACAGUCGCCGUUCGGGCGCGGCGUGGUGCCGCCGCCGCGGCUGCUGACGCAGACGUCGUCGGCGAGCCUGCAGCCGCCGGCGCCGCGCCGCAGCCCGCCGCGCCGCGCGACGUCGUGCCGCCGCAGCCGCGAGGUGAAGUUCGCGGAGGUGGCCACCGCGGCGGAGCCGGCCGUGUGACGCGGGCCGCGGCCCCAGCCCGAGCUGGUGCCGCUGGUCGCGCCCUUCUGCGUCCCCGCCGCCGCGCCGCACAUCCCCUGACCGGACACUGAGCGAACGAUGACGCCCCACACAACUGACUUUUAGUGUACGCAUAGUUUAACCGUUUUGAUUUCUUAUGAAACAAGGUGCAUAUAGUACGAUCUGCAAAAAGUAUCGAUACUUGAGCCUCGAUCAAGUGUCAUCAGUUUCGUCACGAUAACGAUGCAUUCUUUUACUCGAUGUUUUUGAGUUGUAAACAUUCAUGGAUUUUUCUCUUAAAAUCGUUAAGAGCUUUUUUUACAGACAUGUUUAAUAGGAAUAGAAUAAGUUCUUAAUUACAUACCUACGUAGAAAAUAAUUAUGGUAUAGACACUGUUGUUUUAUGCGGAUCCCAAACUAGCUAUCCGGAAUCAAUCAAAUACCUAAUUAUUUUACUACCGAAAUUAAUUUCGCAAGUAUUAAGUUAAAAGUGCUAUCUAUAUUUUAUAGAAAAAAACGAGCUUCCCAUAUUAAGUGUAUGCGUUCAGUGAAUAGUUUCGUUCGCUCGAAAGAAAAUGUGUUAAACACUAAAGUGCUCACAGCUGAGAUGUGACAAAAAUGACAAGUGAAAAAUAGUGAUAGUUACCUACAAGUGGACUGUUAAAUGACAGUGUUAAAUUAAUUACUGUGUGAGAAGUAGACUUAUCUAGUUAGAACUACUUAAAUGUAUUUUUAAUAUAGUAUUUUAUUUUGCAACAAUAUCGCUCAACGCUUUUAUUUUGUUACACUGUAUAAUGUAUAUGGAUACUUAUUCGCUGUAGAAAGUGACUGAUGACGAUUCGCAAAGUAGACCAAUUUAGUUUGCAAAGAAAUAGAAGAGAAUCUAUAGGCAACAGAGAGGGGAAUGGAAGAGGUUUUAUUUUGUUUCUGAUUACCACAGUUUAUUGACAAUGGUCUUUUUCUUUCGAUGAAUUGAAAUAUCAGUAAUUCUGAUCUUAACUUAUCUAGAGCAAAACGUAUAGUUAUGCUUAAGUUCGUCUGAUAUCAGAUUUUUUACUGCAUUUUCAAUAAAUGUAAUCAAACCCACAUUACAUUAUUACGAGUACAUCAAGGUUGGUUCAGGAGCACAAAUAUGCUCACACAAGCCAAGACAAAUCUUUAAAAAUUAUAAAUCUUUAUUUGAUAUUGCAAAAAAUAUAUCCGUAGAUGUUGAAACCUGCAAUGCUUUUUCUGUGUAAAAUCUCGACGUACUGCUUACAACGAAAAACGUCUAAUAUUAAAAACUUUUCAAUUCUAUAUACCUAAUGGUAGGAAAAUAAUAAUAAAAUCAGACUGAACUGUUUUGUAAGUAUCUAAGAAAUAAAAAACAGUCAUUAAAUAGUAAGUACAUAAAUGUUGAUAAUGGGCAUGUACCUAAUAAUAUUUUUCUGGAUGUUAUAUUAGAUAGCCCUUUUUCAUAAAGAUCAUCAUAUUUAAGAUAUUAAUUACUAUCCAUAAUCGACAGAAUCGAUCUUUAUGAAACAAUUUAAAAGUGCAUACUAGUUAAGUAUCCUGAAAUUUAAGAAACAUAAAAUAUAGUUAAGUUACCCAAAAUGAUACGGGUUUCAAAGAUAUAACGAGAGAAGCAUUACUGUUUACAAAUUUUAACCUAUUAUCAGAAAUGCACAUUUUAAGAAAUAUUUCACAUUCAUAUUACAACUAUCUGCUUUUAAUGUUCACCCUACACAUUAUCAUAAACGAGAAUCAGGCAGUUUACUUUUAAGGGCAUCAUUUCGAACCAAUGGUUAAUUAUUUUGACGGUUCAAAUACACUUUUGAAAGUUUAUUGGAAUCAAAAUAUAUUCUAUUCUAAAUGC